UACUAUAGCUCCCAAUGCCCAACCUACAAGUACCAAUACGACUACACAAGAAACGAAAGCCAUUCCCACUAGUGGCAUACCCAAGCUAGGGAUGCCAAGUAAUCUCCCGGCGGUAAACAGCCCUUUCUCGAAUAUCAAGCAAGAGCAAUCACAGUCGGCACCUACAGGUCCCAACCCUUUCACCCAGAGUUUGCAGCAACCUGCGUCCCAACCGGGACCAAGCCCUGCGCAGCCAUUUAGUCAGUCUACAACAUCAUCGCAGAUUCCGACUAAGGCCACCAGCCUUCCAAUGCCGACAGCAGGCACUCGUAAACCGGGUGGUCCUAACCAGACACGCGGUGGUGCUCGCGGCGGAGGCAAUGCGAACCGUGGAGGUCGUGGAGGUGCACAAGGACGGGCCAGUCUCAAUCCUUCGGCAGACAAUUUCCAACCUGGAAACAAACGUCCUCGGGGCGACUCGGAAAUAAGUAACAACGCGAAGAGGGUGCGGGGUGGCGGUCCGCACUAGAAUCGCAACCGACGCUACUAGGCACUGGAGCCCUCAGACGAAAAAGUGUUGGGAAACCAACCAACAUUUACGCUCAUA